UCCUCGAAGCUAGAAUCGUCAUCGCUUCGACCUGUGGGAUGAAAAUCAAGUUGCUUCUGAUGAAUCCGAUUUUCCCGCCCUUUUCGCGGUGGUAAACGUUUUCGAAAGUGAGGCUUUUCUGUAAUUAGCGAGUAAAAUCAGAGGAUUAUGAUAAAAAAUUCAUGAGAGUGAAAUAGCUUCCUUUCUCGAUUUCAAGUUGACGUAAUUAUGAUUCUUGGAACGUUCAGGUUUUAACUUCAUUUUGUAUCAGACAGACGAUGGAGGAAACAGAUUUUCUGCCAUAGACUUUAGCCCUAAACCAGAACGAUUGUCCUCUUAGUAUCAGCCUCGGAUGAAACACUCAAAGGUUUCAAGAAAUUUAAAAACGAAGGAUCAAGGGCAAUACCUGCCAGAUUCGAGGAUUCGAAAUGCUUCAUUAUAUUUUGUGCCCGCUCUAUCUGAUGUUACUCAAGUCUUUAACUAGAGGUCAAGUUUUCCAAAUGUUCCUCAUGGACCAAAAAGGUGAAAACGCGCAAGUUCUGGACACCGUCAAGUUGCCUACGUGUACUCAUUUGGACAUAAAACAUGACGUCACUUUACGAGGUGGAAUAAAAUCCGGGAACUUUACCAAACUUGGUUACCUAAGGGACAUGCAGACAUGUAUUGAUGCUUGUUGUCAGGACCAAAAGUGUGACGUGGCUUUCAUGCCGGGUCACGUGUGCUAUUCAGUGAGCUGUUUUAGUGAAAAACUUUGCGAAAGUAUUCCUGCCGUGCCAUCCACUGCAGCCAAUAAGAGCGUAAGGAUAUCUCACGUGGUUCGAGGCGGGGGCAAAGGGGAUGAUUUGGAACAGUUUAAGAAAACACAAGGGAUGGCAAAAUACACCCACAACUUAAAAGACAUGUGCAUACCUAGCAGAAUUAUGGCCAAACACACCUUAAAGGGAGGAAGGACAGCUGGAGAAGUAAAAGAACUUGGAAUUGUUGAAAGUGCCGAGGACUGUAUCGAUAAAUGUUGUGCAGAAAAAAAUUGCGAAGUUGCUUUCCUGGUGAAUGACACAUGUCACUCUGUAGAGUGUUAUGGCGAUGAACUUUGUCAGAGUGUCCCCAUGGAAGAUGAACAUAUCUCUCCAACUAUUAUCUACAUGAACACGAGAAAUGGCAAGAGAUCUAAGGAUAAAGGCACUUGUGAUUCUCCGUGCGUAUCGGGAGUUUGUACAGCUAAAGACAAGUGCACCUGUGACCGAGGAUUUGAUGGAACAAACUGCAAUGAUACUGCUAUCACAGGUUUCUGUGGUUUACCCGGCUGUGGAGAAUAUGGUAAAUGUUCCUUCAACGACACAUGCGUCUGUGAGCCUGGAUAUUUUGGGCACCUCUGCGAUAAAACACUUACGUGUGACCCACCAUGUCAAAAUGGAAGAUGCCUUGAUAAUUCAACCAAUUCAACGAAAUGUUAUUGUGAGAUUGGAUGGGAAGGGCGCUUUUGCAACAAAACGAAUGGAGAUAGGAAAAUUUAUUCAACUUCAGGAGGAGAAGUAUUGUUUACAAAAAUGGACCAAGAGGCAGAAAUGGAUAUCAAGAUUCACCAGAUUCCUUCCAAAGGUGCUGAAUCCAUCUCGGCCCUCGCUGUUGCCAUUGGUUGCGGAGUGGCAGCGGCAAUUGUUGGAACAGCCACAGUGGCCUUUAUCGCACGCAAAAUAUUGGGUAAAAAAUCUACAAAUUAUGAACUACUUAGAUCGCCUAUCAGACACAAGACGUAACGGGAAUCUUAGGCCUUUUUAGAGGUGUCUUGUGUAAACAUCAAUAUAUCGUUAAGUUCAGAAAUCAUUGACAAAAGUGAAGGAUUCACCACAACAGAAAACAAAAUAUGUGGCACUCCAAGCUGUGAGCUGUAGUUCAAUUCAAUCUAAUAUGCUGAUUCAAAGGAGAGCUCUAAGAGUACGUUUUUCACUCCUGUUUAGUGAAUUAUUGUUUAGCUUCAAAAGUAAAACAUUUAGAAAGAACAGCCAAAAUUAUCAGUUUCGCCCAUACAUCAACUAUGGUUCAUUUUAUGCCUUAUAAGAAAUCAAUUUAGGUUCUUUUAUCACCAGAAGGAUUUCACUUCGCUACUUUUUUUGAAAGAUACAGUGAACGAAAAGCAUAAAAUAUGUAUAUGUCAGAGACCUGUAUUUCGCAGACAGGAAUUAUCUUGAACGUGCCCAUGACUGACGUUUGUGGUACAGUUUCAAUAUGAUGCAGCUCUAAAGUUAUCAUUACAUUAGUGUCUGACAAAGGUGGGAAGUCGCCUAAUUCCAAAGUCAACAUGUCUUUUACAACCUUCGUUUUUCUAAAUGGAGCACAAUUAUAACUUUUUGAUAAGACACACUAUAAUACUGAUAAGUGUAAUUAUUAGAGCUUCUAGAUAAGCAGACUUGGCUCAGAGAAGAUUUUAUCCCCCAGUUAUUUUGAAUAAAUGCUUUCUUAUGAUGAUUACAAAUUUUAGAGGAAUCUAUUUAGACUUCUUUCUUAUUUAUUUCUGACACAAAAAUAAACUAGUGUAACUGUCGUAGAAAACCUUUAUCUUGAAUAAUUUUUUCUCAUUUUUCAAAACCAAAACUAAAACUUUUUGCGGGAUACUGUGAUGGUUGUCAUGGAAACGGCUGACUCAAGGAUUGGCAUGUCUAGGUAAUAAGGACAUUUCAAAAAAGGUAUUCAGUAAAAUGAUUAAAAAUGUCUUAAAUUCGGCCUUAAUCUUGUGGAAGGUUCAGUUGGUUUACAUCGAUUGUACCUUUGAACAAAGAAUAUUCUAAUGACAACAAAAAACAUCCAUGAUAUUCAGUUACACUGGUUUAUCUUGAUAGAUACGGUUAACCAUUCAACAAUUAUGAUCGCAGCAAUAAAGAAUAAGAGAUAAGCAAAACAUUUAAAUUCAUUCAAGAAACUAUGUAGAUAUUUGAUAAAACUCAUAACGAGAAAAGUAGGAUAAAAUUCCACUUGGAGUAUUACUGUGUAAAUAA